GAAAUCAUUAGUAGGUUAUCAGGUAAAAAGAAAAAGAAAUCUCCGAAGCACCCUUUUUCAGUAUUAGGUAUGUGUUACCUUUGUUUAUUUGAUGAUAGUGACAUCCCUGGCGGGAAGACUGGUAGACCCUAAACUGGAAGUACAGUAAAUUCAGAUAUGGACAGUGUUGAAGACGGAGCAGACUAACAAAUGAUGUAUUCAACAACAGUUCUAAAUGGGAACGUAGAUUUAAUUAUAACCCUACAAGACAACCCAUAAAAGAGCGGCGAUUUGUAUUAGUAUGUAAUACAAAACCCAGACAACUGAAAUGUCCGCCGAUCCACAAACUGUCGUCUGCUCGAUGACGGAGUGCGAAAAAGUACAGAAUCUGCUUCGAUCCUACACACACAUUCUGACGAAGGAGAGUGAAAAGGUGAUUAGCAGGAUAACUGACAUCAGAGGUGACGUCGAGGACACUCUAGCGUCCAGGAAAACGCUCACCGGAGACAUCAGGCUGUGGGAGAGGAACAUGAUCGCGGCAGUUCACGCUGAGGCCGAGAGAUGCAUCAACGAUCUAAACGUCCAGGCUGACUUGCAGCUGACGAAGUUGAGAGAUCUAGAGGAACAGCUACAGACUCUGCUGAUGACUCUGAACGAGGUCUGUCUGAAGCUCAAUAUCCUGACCAUCCAGACUUUCACAGAAAACAACAUGGAACACACAGUGCGUAGCAUUCGUAAUAACAUCAAGAUGGAGUUGGAAAAAUUGUGUUUUCCUGACCAAUUCAAUGCGACAAAAUUAUGCUUGGUUCCUAAUAUUACACCUGGUCAAAGUUUGGUGAAUAUAAGAAAGUGUCCACUGCUUUUGGAUGAAAAUAAACAAAAUAUAUUUCAUCCAGUUAGUAUAGAAAAAACGAUAUCAUUGGGUAAAACGAUCAAGUCUAGAGUAUCAGGUGAUACGUUUUAUCCUAUGAUAGGAGACAUCGCCGUUGUACCUCCCGAUAACGUCAUCGUCGUUUGUGACUGGAAGAACCAGUGUCUGAAAUCUUUCUAUAAAUCCUACAACAGUCGGCUCGCUAUGUCCUUCAAGUCGCCAUGUUUGUCAAGCGAACUGCAGGCGGAAGUGGACUGUGUUCCGUGGCAUCUGGCUGCAAUAAGCGACAACACGGUUGCCGUGACAACCAACCACCACCAGAUCUUGCUUGUGGACGUCUGGCCCAGCCUCGCUCUCAAAUCGCGGAUACCAGUGAAUCAGUUUUAUCACGGAAUACGUCUUGUCAACGAAUCUAGUCUCGCUGUCAGUUACAACAAGAAUAGCAACAUUGUGGUGGACAUAGUUUCGCACGAAGGUCGCGUGGUGCAUACUAUUAACACGGGAGUUGUGGGUGAUGUCUGGAAUACAUGCAUGGACGUCAGUUCAGAUGAAGAUGUUCUCAUUGGUUCACGUUCGUGCGGCGUCUCGUGCUUCAGUCAGCAAAAUGUUGUUAAAUGGGUCUUCCCAGGACCCAAUGGGCGAAACCUUAAACCUGUGAGUGUCUGUUCUAUCGGAGCUGAUAGGUUCAUCGCCGUGGACAGAUCUGGUAGGGUGGUCUGUAUUAACAGCGUCUCAGCCGAGACUACUGUUCUAGUAUCGAAACUAAGCGGAGUUAUAGAACCUACGUGCGUCUAUGUGACAUCAUCUUUGUUAUGCCUUGCAGAAUGGAGGUCUGGAAAGAUAAAAUUGUUUAAUAUAGACAUGAAUAAAAAGUAAUGCGCGAGUCAACAUGGAAAGUACUUCUCGAUUAGAAGCUAUAUAGCUAUGUAGAUGGGACUAACGACAUUUCAUUUGUCAUCAUAGCUAAUUUGUGAGGGUAGAAAUGUGAGGCCUGGAUUUUAUAAUAUGUAUUCGUUUCAAAAACAAGACUAAGAACACUGUUUCAUCAUCAUCAUCAUCAUCAUCAAAAUCAACAACAACAUCAACAACAACAACAACAUUACCAACAUUAAAUAUUUAUUAUUAUUAUCAUUUAUAAUAAUUUAUAAAUCUGCUUUUACUGUUGUAGCGGGAAGUAGCUCAGUCCGUUUAACGACACGACUAGAGCACACUGAUAUAUUAAUCAUCGGCUAUUGGAUGUAAAACAUUGGGGUAAUUUUGACAUUUUGAUUUCGUCAUUUCAUUGAGGAAUUUUAAAGGUUGAGAUGGUCUUAGAGAGUAAUACCGCUACAUAUAUCUCCA